AUGUCGCUAUUCUCCGCAUUUUCAGCCGUAGAGAGUGGGCAUCUAACCAUCGAGUCUCUUCCAGACUUACCCCCGCAUUUUUUUGUUCCGAAACUGUUGGACAAACCGCAGAAUCCCAUUAUGGACACUCUCAAACUUCGAGAAAGUCUGCACAAGUCUCCCCCAGCAUUGCACACCAUUCCAAAGGAGCUAGAAGUAUUGACAUUGGACACCUUGAAUGCACAAGUGGAACUACCUGACCAGCUAUGGGGAAGCAGUGUGGUCGGAAGGGCCGCAAGGACGAAUAAUCUCAUGUCAUGGGAUACGCUGAGGCACUCUGGAGAUCCGCGCAUGGGACGUUCUGCUUUUCUGUCCCAACAGCCUAGUCACAUAUUCGCGUCGGCGCGUUAUCAUGUCCGGCCUCCCCUUCAAGAUCCAGGUAUACAGCUGGUCUACACUACUCUCCACGAGCUUAUACAGUCAUUACGGAUGUCUCUCACUGGGACAUCAUCUUCGCUCCAUGUUUGGGACCACCAAUCUGAGACUUUCAUAUUACGUGGUGUUAACGAAGGGAAGAAGGGUAUCAUCGUCAUCACUGGAAAGGACGAGGUGGUGAGUUCUAGCGUGAUACAGCGAUUUCUCACCAUCGGGACUCUCAUGCGACGCUUAGAAACGUUUGUUGUUCAUCAUCGCACAAGUAAAUCAGAACCGAUCGUCAAUGCAUUCACCCACUCUUUGUCGUCCAUUUUGUCUUAUCUGCAUCCGUUGGUUUCCACAUUGCCCGCAUACUUGGUACCUUUGGACACAGAUAGCAUAUGGGACGACGUCGCACCCUUGACUGCUGUGUGGAUACACUAUGCGGAGAUUGAAGAAGUCCUACAGGGACUAGCCGCGCUAUGCCAUCGAGAAGAACAUGUCUCUCCAACAGCAUACAUCGAAUUUCCCACAUCCCCCUCAGACCUACUUUCCUUGAUCUACAGGCAUCUGAAUGAUCACCUCGAGAAACACUCCCCGAGGCUCGUUCUAGCGCUCUUCGCAUACAUGCUCACCAUGACGUCGCGAGACUAUUUCCAGCAGCUCUGCCAGUCCGUCGGCUACAGCACCGUUAGCGCCCCUGCGCACCAUGCCAUGGACCUGCAACAGGUUGACAGCAAUCAGCUGGCGACGGGGUUCCUGGACGAGGACAACCUCGAUGAGAACCCGGAGGACGCGUUCAACGACAACGACGAUGACAGCGUGUUUCCGAGCUUCAUUGAGCGCAGUAUCUCCGAUUCUCUGCUGCGAGCGCGGAAGUCCUUGAGGCUUCUGUGCGUGGCGCAGCCGGACCACCCGUUGCUCAGUGGCGAGGUAGUGCAUCUAGACAUUGAAUGGUUUUGGACAAACGAGGAAGUUGAAGCCGCAUGGACUGAGGGGGCAGUCAGAACCUCGAGCUCAAGCUCAUUGGCCUCCUCAGACACUCUGACUGACAAUGAGGAUGUCACCCAUCGACCAUACCCGCACGGGAUGGAGGCAUUCAGUAUCUUCGAUCUACAACCUGGCGCGCAUAUCUCACAGGCAUCCACACACAGCCUUCUCCUGGACGCGUCGCACAUAACGAACCUCCAAGCCUUCAUCGCCCCCUUCCCGCGCACUCUACCCGCGCUGACGCCGACACUGCCGCACCUGACUGCGCUCGUACUCACCCCGCUCGUCGCCCACAUUCACUCCCUCUCGAGCACCCUCGUCGCGCUCUACCUCACUCCCGCGACCCACCUUCACCUCCACACGCACCUCGUUCUCCUCCGGUCGUAUCUUCUCCUCACGUCGCACCCGUUCAAGUCGCGGCUUGCUCGCGCGCUCUUCUCUGACUCCGACGAGUACGAGCACGUCAGUGAGCCGGCGCGGAAUACGGCACGCUGGGCCGUCGGCCUCUCACCGUCGCUGAUGGAUGGUGAUAUCUGGCCGCCUGCAGGUGCGAGCUUAAGUUUCCACCUGCGGACGGUCAUCGUCGACUCUUUGGACUUUUACCGCGACGACGUCUUCCGGGACAGUGGGGACGCGCAUGGGUUCAAGACGCUGGAUGGCGAACAGCGCGUCAUGGAAGAAGCGGAGUACCGCCUUGGUUUCUCAAUUCGUGACUUGCCUGUGGGUACGGGCAAGGACAAAUGGUUGGACCCUCUGUCGAUCGAAUCCCUUGAUUUUCUGUACAUGGACUACAACCCGCCGAAAUCGCUCGACGUCCUGAUCACACAGACCAUUUUGUCAAAGUACCACAGGAUGUUCGCAUUCAAUCUCCGGCUCAUGCGAGUGGAAAAUGUCGUCGCCGCGCUCUACCGCAUGACGCGCAAGCCGACAGAGCCGCUCUUCCCUACGCUGACGCCCACCAACAAGCUCCUCCUGCAUUUCCGCUUCGUCGCGCACGCCUUCGUGACCUCACUCUCCUCGUACGUCUUCGACACCGCGAUCGGCGGCAACUUCGACAUGUUCCUGUCCCAGCUCUCACACACUGCGCACGGCUUCGUCGACGUCUUCGCGCUCGCGGACCGUCAUUCGCGCGUGCUGGACGACAUCCUCGGCGCGUGCCUCCUGCGCUCGGGGCAGAAGUCCGUCGGGGACCUCCUCCGCGGAUGCAUGGAACUCGUGCUCGACCUCGGCAUCCUCGCCGGCGAGCGCGCUCGCGGCCGCCUGGAGGAGUACGAGGCUGCACCGCUCCUGGAAGACCUGUGGGCGAGCUUCAGCGGUAAGAUGAUGACCCUGGUCAAGGUGCUGAAGGCGCUGGUGGAGAAAGGGUCCGGGCCCUCGCGCGUGCUUGCGGAGGAUGUCCGGCUGCAGGCGUCGCCGCUGUUUCAGGUGGAGGGCGUCACCGGGAACCUGCGCAACCUGCUCGUCCGCCUGGAUGUUGCGGAGUGGUGGAGCCAUGCGUAUGAGAAGCGUCGUUCUGGCGGUCGUCCCACUUGA